AUGUCAACAAGAGUCCAAAUAAACGAUGUACAGGAACAACUUGACAGUGGUAUACAGAAGGAAAACAGCAGUUUCUGGAGAGCUCUUGAAGGUUAUAACUAUACUGUUUAUCAUCCAAUGGAAGAGAUUUAUCAUUGGAUGUAUCAGAUAAAGGAAAGCAACAGGGAACUGGUGACUCAGCAUUAUCUAGGAACAACAUAUGAAAAACGGCCAAUGUAUUAUCUUAAGAUCAGUCAACCAACAAAUAAAGCCAAGAAGAUCAUUUGGAUGGAUUGUGGGAUUCAUGCCAUAGAAUGGAUCUCUCCAGCCUUCUGCCAGUGGUUUGUGAAAGAAAUUCUGCAAAAUUACAGAACUGAUACAAAGAUAAGCAGCUUUCUCCAGAACUUGGACUUGUACGUCCUGCCUGUUCUCAAUAUUGAUGGGUAUAUCUAUUCUUGGACCACAGCACGUCUCUGGAGGAAAUCCCGUUCUUCCCAUAUGAAUGGCACCUGCUUUGGGACAGACCUUAAUCGUAACUUUAAUUCCUCCUGGGGUGGUGUUGGUACAUCUCAUAACUGUUCCAGUUCAACUUACUGUGGGCCUGAGGUAGAAUCAGAACCUGAAACUAAAGCUGUGGCUAGAUUGAUUGAAAACAGAAAAAGUGAUAUUUUGUGCUUCUUGACUAUUCAUUCUUUUGGACAGCUCAUUCUCUCCCCAUAUGGAUACACAAAGGAACCUGCAAGUAACCAUCAGGAACUGGUGGAUGUUGCACAGAAAGCAGCAACUGCACUGAAGGGAAAACAUGGAACCAAUUUCACAGUGGGGCCAGCCUCUUCGGUUUUAUACCAGAACUCUGGCUCCUCACGAGACUGGGCUCAUAUGAUUGGCAUUCCAUUCUCUUAUACGUUGGAGCUGCGAGACAGAGGUGCAUAUGCAUUUUUUCUACCAGCAGACCAAAUCCAACCCACAUGUGAGGAGAGUACUGUGGCUGUGAUGACCAUCAUUGAAUAUGUAAAUCAGAAGUAUUUCCCAAAUGGGGCAAAACUGACCUCUGGAAAUCUGUGUCUGAACCUGUUGCUUAGUGUUCUGUUCAUGUGGGCGUUGUCUUAA